UUUGUCAGCUGUGCAUCGAUUUGUUGCAAAAAUAUAAAUCGUCUCGUAAUAAAAUUGUAAUUUUGCGAUACACAAGUAAUAUUUCAUAAAACCUGUAUAUGAGUGUUACGCAGAACAUAGAUGCAUAUUCUCCUAUACCUGUAAGAUUAAGAAAGCGAAACGUAAUUUCGCUUAGUCACAAUGCCCAGCACUAAUCUUAUUGUGCCUGUGGUGUUGUGGGGAAAACAUGCUCCAACGCACUGUAUAUCGUCCGUGUACCUGUCUCGGGAUCAGAAGACUCUGGUCACCGGAUGCUAUGACGGCCAGAUUUGUAUAUGGCAAGUAGAUCCUGAGACCCUAAAAAUGACGCCUCGCUGCCUUCUUGUGGGGCAUACUGCACCAGUCACUUGCCUUUCCAGAGCUUCUAUUAUACAGGAUAAUAACUUUAUUGUCAGUUCUUCUGAAGCUGGUGAAAUGUGCACUUGGGACUUGGUGGAUGGGAAAUGCAGAGAGAGUGUUAAGUUGACACAAAUACAUACUAACAUUCAGGCUUACCACAUGUGUAACAGCGAAGACCUGAGACUUUUCUGCAAUGGAUAUUAUGCUGAAAUAUUAAUCAUGGAUGCAUUUUCAUUAGAAAUUCUUUUUUGCCUGAGCUCUAAAAUGAAUCCAGAUUGGAUAUCUGCCUUGCACGUUUUAAGGCCAUCUUCAAGAAAGGAUGAUGUAGUCCUUGCUAUAUCAAUAACUGGUACAGUGAAGGUGUGGUCUCUACUUGGGCACGAAAAUAAACAAUCUGAGCCAAUUUAUGAGAAUGAGUCAAAGCAGAUUCGCUGCCUGAAUGCCCUGGCACUGAACUGCUGUGCUUAUAAUCAACGCACUGUUCUCAUAGUGUGUGCUAAAUAUUGUCAAAUAUAUGACGCUGGUGACUUUUCUGUUCUGUGCUCUAUACAAGCGCCAUCUGGUGAGCGCUGGAUGUCUGGUGACUUCUUAGCACCUGAUAGAGUACUCGUAUGGUCUACAGAAGGAAAGGGGUACCUUUAUAAACUGCCUGCUAACAAACUUCGGGGACGAGCUAUCAGUAGUUCUGUGCCUGAUCACAAGGGUUUCCAUGGACCGUCAGUCGACCAUGAUAGUCCAGUGCUGUAUAGCAUUCUUGCUCAUCCGGACAAUAAGCUGCUGUCGUGUCCGCCGGCUAUCCGCUUCGCGCUGACGUCGGUGGGCGGAAAGCAGCGGCGGCUGCUGCUGCGCGGCGACUCCGCCGGCGUCGUGUCGCUGUGGAACGUCGACGACGCCGUCAACCCCGUGCCGCAGAAAGUGCCGUCGCACGCGCCGAUAGUGCUGACGAGUUUGGAGAUGGCGUGGGCCGAGAUGAACCCCAGUCCGGUGGGCAUUCUGGACCAGUUCAGUCAUCCUGAUGAACCUGAGAUCAAACUAACAGCUUCGAUCUACCUGCUGGUGGCAAACCGGCUGGUGGUGGGUCGCGAGGACGGCUCCAUAGUGAUCGUCAACGCCACGCACACCGUCCAGCUGCAGCUGCUGCAUGGUAGCCACCAGCAACUUGAUGACUGGCCGCCCCAUCAGCUCCUGCUAGGACACAACGGUCGCGUCAACUGUCUGCUAUACCCGCACCACGUUCAUCCCAGAUACGACAAGUCUCACCUCGUGUCCGGCGGCAUCGACUUCGCUGUGUGCCUAUGGGACCUGUUCAGCGGCGCGCUGCUACACCGGUUCUGCGUGCACGCCGGCGAGAUCACGCAGCUCAUUGUGCCGCCGCAGAACUGCAGCCCUCGCAUACAGAAGUGUAUUUGCUCCGUAGCCUCCGAUCACAGCGUCACUUUACUCAGUCUGUCGGAGCGGAAGUGUGUGACGUUAGCAUCGCGCCACCUGUUUCCGGUGACGACGAUCAAGUGGCGGCCGCUCGACGACUUCAUGGUGGUGGGCUGCAGCGACGGUACCGUCUACGUCUGGCAGAUGGAGACGGGACACCUGGAUAGGGUGCUGCAUGGCAUGAUAGCGGAAGAAGUCCUAUCAGCGUGCGACGAGACGGUGGCGGACGAGCUGGGCGGGGCUGUCAGUGCGGGCACCGACCUGCAGGGCCUCGCCAACCCCGCCGUACACUUCUUCAGGGGUCUGCGUCACCGCAACCUGACGGCGAUGCGUGCGGCGACGGCACGCGGGCUGGCGGCGCUGCAAGCGGGCGAGCGCGGCGGCGGCGGCGGCCCUCUCGCUGAGCCCGCACGUGCGCGCCGCGCACCCCUCACCGUGCAGGGUUUCCGCUCCAAUCCGGCUGAUCCCGAGAGUCACAUCCUCUUUUUCGACAUCGAGGGUCUGAUUGUGGAGCUACUGAGUGAGGAGUACUCCGCCAUGAGCCCCGCUAGCUUAGAGGCGGCCGGACUCAUCACGAGCGAGUACAUGAAGGUGGCGGCGCUGACGCAGUCCGCCAGCCCCGAUGCUGCCAAGAAGAUAUCCGACUUUUUCGGUCGUGUCAAAGACAAGGCCGGAGAUAUGGAACGCUUGUUGAAGGAAAAGGAUAAACAUGGUAUCCUGGCGAAAAUGAAGGAAGGUGCCGAAACGAUGCAGACCAAGCUGCAGGCGAAAGCGGAGCAGCUGAAGGGACAUCUAGACCCAAAAGACGACCAAGGGCAGAAGCGGCAGCGGCCGCGCGACAUGUCGCUGGCGGAGCCGCCGCACACGAUGGAGAUAGCCCAGAUCCUGCUGUCGCUGCUGCACGCCUGGGGCCUGGAUCCAGACCUCGACCGCGUCGCCGAGUCCAAGCUGGGCCUGCUCCGACCCAUGGUGCCGGUAUGUUUCGGCGUAGUGUCGCGUCACGGGCACAUGUCGGUGCAGCUGCCGACGCGGCUGGGCGGCUGGGCGGAGGCCUGUGCGGCCGCCCCCGACGACCCGCUCCUCCUCAACUCCGACCUGCCGCCGGAGCUGCUGCGCCAGGAGAAGCUUACCAGGCUAUUCUCGUCCAAACUCCACUGGGAGUUGAGCACCACUUUGACCACCAACCACCUGCUGUCCAUCGUGGCGCUGGCAAACACGCUCAUGUCAAUGAGCAACGCCAGCUUCGUACCCGAGCAGGAGGUCGCUAGAAAAUUGCACAGGCCCACAACCCGUACCUCCUCGUGGGCUGGUGACGAAGAGCGUGAGGAGCAGCUGGCGGCGCAGCAGGCGCACAUCAAGCAGGGCUGGUCGCUGCUGGCCACGCUGCACUGUGUGCUGCUGCCCGACAAGGUCGUUGCCGCCGGUGCAAAGAGCUUUAAGCGUCCACAGGUGGAGAUGUUGGCUCGCAGGUGGCAGCACCACUGCCUGGAGGUGCGCGAGGCGGCGCAGGCGCUGCUGCUCGCUGAACUUAGCAGACUGGGCCCCAAGGGUCGCAAGUCGCUGGUGGACAACUGGGCGCAGUACCUGCCGCUGUACACGCACACCGAGAGCAUCAACCCGCACGCCGCGCAGAAAGAGCCGCACGAGAAAGUGCCUAAAGACCCAGAAGAAGAGUUUGAAGAGGAAGAGGAGGAGCUUGUACGCAAGCCGUCGUCGAAGGCGGAGCUCAAGCGGCAGCAGACCACCGCCGUCGUGCUGCUCGGCGUCAUCGGCGCUGAGUUCGGACAGGACAUCGCUAGCGAAGGUGCGGCGGGCAACAAGAGACGUAAAGAUGGCGACAGCAGAAAGAGUUCUAUUGUAGAAGGGUUCACACUUAGCGCCGCGUCGAACAACCUGGCUCGACUGACGGCGCUGGCGCUGACGCACCUGCUGCUGGCGCCGGGCAGCUCGCGCCUGCCCGCGCACACGCCGCUGCGCCGCGCCGCCGUCGACCUGCUCGGCCGCGGGUUCGCCGUCUGGGAGCCCUACCUUGACGUCAGCCAUGUGCUUAUUGGUCUGCUGGAGAUGUGCUCGGACGCGGACAAGCUGGUGCCGUCGAUGACGUACGGGCUGCCGCUGACGCCGCAGGCCGACUCGUGCCGCACCGCGCGACACGCGCUCACGCUCAUCGCCACCGCUAGGCCAGCGGCAUUCAUAACAACGAUGGCGCGUGAGGUUGCGCGCGUUGCUGCGGCGCCAGCGAGCGCGCCCCCGCCGCCCGCCGCCGCGGCAUUGCAGCGCGGCCGCGCGGAGGUGCUGCGUGGCAUAGAGCUGCUCAUAGAGCGCAUGCACGCUGAAGUCGCUGAGCUGCUGGUUGAGGUGAUGGACAUAAUCCUGCACUGCGUGGAUCAGUCGCAUCUGAAGAGCAAGGGGCUGAACGAGGUGUUCCCCGCCAUCUGCCGCUACAACCAGGUCUCACACUGUCCAGCUACAAGGAGGAUUGCAGUGGGCUCCCACACGGGCCAGCUGGCGAUCUACGAGUUGCGCGCGGGGCGGUGCCAGUCGCUGGCGGCGCACGGCGGCGCGGUGACGGCGUGCGCGUUCAGCCCCGACGGCCGCUACCUCGUGUCGUACGCCACUGCCGACAACAGGCUGUCCUUCUGGCAGAGCACGGCCGGUAUGUUUGGCCUCGGCGCGGCUCAGACCCGCUGCGUGAAGUGUUACAGCACGGCGCCGAUGGCGGACGUCGCGCGGCUCAACCCCGCGCGGCUGGCGCGCCUGGUCUGGACCAACGCCCGCACCGUAACACUCAUGCUGGCCGACGGCUCCGAGACGAGGUUCAACGUGUAGAUGAGUUAUGUUUGAGUAUAUCAAUCGACAGUUCAAGUUUAUUAAUUAAUCAGCAGUUAUCAAUGAGGGUUUUCGAUAUAUCAUUUGCCACCAGAGGGACGGUGGGGUCAAAUGUCGUGUCAGACCAUAAAGUUAAUAUACCUAGCGGAAUAGAGCAAC